AUGUGGGUACGAAACACUUGUGCUACCGGUUGUUUGCUACUAACACUUCUACUAACCGUUGGGUCACUGCCGAGCGCGGAUGCUGGAUACAGGAUACUGUUUCUCGUUCCCUUUCCUGGACCGAGCCAUUGGUUGAUGUUGAAACACUUUAUACGCGAGCUUACUGGCCGGCAACAUCAGGUAACGUGCAUCACAAGCUUCCCGUUUGGUGAGCCGCUGGAAAACUACGAUGAAAUCCUGAUUGCUCCACCGUACCCCAUACGGGAAACGUUUCCGGUGGAGGGAUUGUUUGCCUCGAGCCAAACGUUCGACUUCGACAAGCUGUUCAUGUACUGGGAAAUGGGCAUCAACACCAGCCGGUAUGGUUUGGAGUCGGAAAACGUGCGCCAGUUCAUCCGCCGUACCGAUCUCGAGUUCGAUCUGAUCGUGUCGGAACAGUUCUUCCAGGAAAGUUGGCUCAUGUUCGCGCACAAGUACGAUGCACCGAUCGUCACCAUUAGCACGUACGGAUAUUCGGACUUUUUCGAUAGCAUUAUGGGUCUGCGCACACCGUGGUCAUUUGUGCCGCACAUGAUCCUCUCCUACGAAGCUGACAUGGACUUCUUCGAGCGAGCGUACAAUUAUGUGAUUUCGUUGUGCGAUUUGGUUUAUCGCAGUUACUUCUACCUGCCGAUGCAGGAUCAGCUGGCACGGGAAGCAUUUGGUGAGGUGAUGCCGGUGGACACCCUACCAUCCGUAACCGAUCUGGAACAAUCCAUUUCCGUUAUCUUGGUUAACAGCCAUCCGGUGCUGAGCAUAGCGCGUCCAACGAUUCGUGGCCUGGUAGACAUUGGUGGGGCACACAUCCGGGAUCCGAAACCGCUGCCGGAUGAGAUGCGUCGGUUUAUGGACGAAGCACGGCACGGUGUAAUCUACUUCUCGCUCGGUGCGUACAUGCAGAGUGCGGUCAUGCCGGUGGAAAAGCGUACCGCCAUACUGCGCGUGUUCGGGACGCUACCGCAGCGUGUCGUGUGGAAGUUUGAGGACGAUCGGCUACCCAACAAGGACAUUCCGCCCAAUGUGAUGAUCAGCAAGUGGGCACCGCAGAACGAUAUACUGGCCCACCCGAACACGGUCCUGUUCAUAUCGCACGGUGGCCAGUUCGGUACGUUCGAAGCGAUGCAUCAUGGUGUGCCGGUGCUGUUCAUACCGUUCUUUGGUGAUCAGCAUCGCAAUGCGGACCGUGCGAUAAGGCAAGGAUUCGCACAGAAGAUGAGUUUCGAAGCCCUUACCGAGGAAAGCUUCGGUGCAAAGGUGCGUCACCUGGUGGACGAUAGUGGGUACUAUGCGAGGGCGAAGGAAAUAUCGAAACUGUUUACCGAUCGGCUCGUGAAACCGAUGGAUGAAGCCAUUUUUUGGAUUGAGUAUACGGCGCGCCAUAAAGGUGCGCCACAUUUGAAAUCCAAAUCGAUCCACUUGAAUUGGCUCGUGUACAAUUCGUUCGAUUUGAUAGUGUAUCCGAUAGUUUUAUGGCUAAUCUGGAGGUGGUUUGGGCCCAACAACAAAAAAUAUGGAAAUCGCAACAGAUCAUUCAACAACCGCAGAAGACGAUAG